CGGAGUCAUACAACUGUAUCUCUCCUCUAUGGUCGGAGUGGUCUGGCGUUGUUUCGACUGGUUUCGGCCUCGAGCGCCAACGCGGAUCUCGCGUUGACUACCGCCACACUAGCGCCAUCUGGCGCCAUCUGUCUUUCUGUGAGAUCUGAAACAUGGCAGACGUUGUGAAGGACGUUGUAAAAGAAAAUUUGACAGAUGAAGCGACUAACAGUACCGGGAGAAUUCCAGCAACUCCCGAAGGCAUCGCUGUUGCUUACGGGAGUCUCAUAAUAAUGGCUUUACUUCCAAUAUUCUUCGGCUCUUUUCGCUCUGUGAAGCACCAUAAGGAGCAGAAGGAGUCUGGGGAGAAACCAGAAACCAUGACCCAUAAAGAUGCUGCAAUGUUUCCAGUGAUUGCUAGUGCUGCUCUUUUUGGGUUGUACAUCUUCUUCCAGAUUUUCUCUAAGGAGUAUAUAAAUCUUCUUCUGACAGGAUACUUUUUUUUCUUGGGCAUCCUUGCAUUGUGCCAUCUUUUAAGCCCUGUCAUCAGCUCUCUAGUGCCAGCUGCGAUUCCCAACAUCCCAUUUCAUUUGCACUUCACACAGUGUGGGCCAAAUGGUAAUGAUGACAUUAUCAACUAUAACUUUUCUUCCCAUGAUGUAGUAUGUCUUCUGUGCUGUAUGGUGGUGGGAGCAUGGUAUCUUCUCAAGAAGCACUGGAUUGCCAACAACCUCUUUGGAAUCGCAUUUGCCAUUAAUGGAGUAGAACUUCUGCACUUAAACAAUGUGGUAACUGGAUGCAUUUUAUUGUGUGGUUUGUUUGUUUACGACAUCUUCUGGGUCUUCGGUACAAAUGUUAUGGUGACUGUUGCAAGAUCAUUUGAAGCCCCCAUAAAAUUGGUUUUCCCUCAAGAUCUCCUGGAGCAAGGGCUUGCUGCAAAUAAUUUUGCUAUGUUGGGUCUUGGAGAUAUUGUCGUUCCAGGCAUAUUCAUUGCUCUUCUUCUUCGCUUCGAUAACAGCCUCAAGAGGAAUUCCAACACAUACUUUUAUGUGACAUUCGCAGCCUACUUUUUGGGGCUUAUGGCUACGAUCUUUGUCAUGCACGUUUUUAAACACGCACAACCGGCAUUGUUGUACUUAGUUCCAGCUUGUCUUGGCACACCAUUGGGUCUUGCUCUUAUAAAGGGUGAUAUAAAGGCAAUGUUUCAAUAUGAAGACCACCCUUCGGAGAAAGCUGUGGAUGCAACAGAAACAAAGAAAGAGGCCAAGAAGGAAAAGUGACGACCAGGUUGCGCUCGACGUCGCCAUUAGACCGAGCUCAGUACAUCCAUCAUCUAUGGAAAGCCAAAAAAUAUUUUCGGUGGCACCUUAUUCCAAAUAAAAUUGAUGUGAAAAUGAUUAAGAAUUUUUUGUACGUUUUUGUUGAGUGAAGAACAUGGGAUGAUUCAGUUGAAUCUUCAAUCUCAAGCAGAAAUUAUGUAUCCAAUUACAAUUUUUUUUUGUACAUGUGCUUAUGGACAUGUUUAAAUAAUUGUUGUUAUCCAAGAGAACAAAUACUUUGCAUCAACAUCGCAGCAAGAGGCAGUAUUAUCAAUUGGAGAAAAAUAUAAGGCAAAAAUCGCAUUUUUGUUUUUGCAUUAUACGCAGUGAUUUUAAAACUUUGUAAUAUAUUUUUAUGAAAAUGAAUAUAAUUUAGACUUCUUUUGUGUUAAUAAAUCUGUUCACUAUGGUAGUUUGUCUCCUGAAAUUAAUAAUUGAGAGUCCAAUUUCCUAAUAGUUUCCUACAUCCAAUAUACAACUAAUAUUCUGGAUUUGUAAAGAACUAUGAAGAGCUUUGUUUUGAAAUUGUGAAAAAGAACCAAAUAAAAUGAAAAUUCAGAACUUUAUAAGUGAAUUGAAUCAUUAGAGGAAUGAAAGGAUUAAAAAGAAUUCAUAGAACAUAACUUACUGAGCAAAGCAGGAUGUUCCACUUAUGAAAUUCUCAUUUAUUUCUUGUUGAAUAUCACCACUGUUAAAAGUUAACCUCUAAUAAAGAUGUGAAUGAAUGAUAAAUUUGGCUUUAGCUACCAUAAAUGUGAACUUAAUUUUAUGUGUUUUUGACUUGAUGAACACUUAAACAAGUAGAGAUCACUGUUCAGGUUAGGAUGAAACAUAAAAUGUGCAAUUUCACUUGUAAGUUUCAGAUGUAUCAAAAACUGCUCUGAAAUACACUGCAAUUGGGUUAGCACAGUUUUUAAGUAAAAAAAAUGUU